AUGUCUGCACAUAAAACGUCUACUUCUCCAUCAUUCCCCCACAGUAUGUUGCACAGAGCUAUCUACUCAACACUUCACAGAUCUCCCAUCAGAUAUAUUCACGUGAAAAUGCUGUCUUUGGAGGAGCAAGCAAAGAAGAAUGCUGCUUACAAGGCGGUGGACGAAAAUUUCCCAGAGAACGCCAAGGUCAUUGGUGUUGGAUCAGGUAGCACCGUGGUCUAUGUUGCUGAAAGACUAGGUCAGUUGCCCAACAAGAGCGACUUUGUGUGCAUUCCAACCGGAUUCCAACUGAAACAGUUGAUCAUCUCCAACGGGCUUAAUUUGGGCUCCAUUGAACAGUUCCCCGAUGUGGACAUUGCCUUUGAUGGCGCAGAUGAAUGUGACGAGAGCCUCAACUUGAUCAAGGGUGGAGGUGCCUGUCUCUUCCAGGAAAAACUUGUCGCUGGUUCAGCUAAGAAGUUUGUUGUGGUUGCUGACUUCAGAAAGAAGUCCGCCGCUUUGGGUGUGCAAUGGACCAAGGGUGUUCCUAUUGAGAUUGUGCCAAACUCAUACGCCAAAGUGACUGCUGAUUUGACUAGAAUGGGUGCUUCGAAAGUGAUCUUGAGACAAGGUGGCUCAGCUAAGGCUGGACCUGUUAUCACAGACAACAACAACUUCUUGCUCGAUGCCGACUUUGGCAAGAUCGAGGACCCAAAGCUGUUGCAUGCUCAGAUCAAGGCAUUGGUUGGUGUGGUGGAAACUGGACUUUUCACCAACAUGGCUAAAAAGGCUUACUUCGGAGAGACUGAUGGGGCAGUGUCCACCUGGAGCGCCUGA